AUGCCCCACCCUUUACCUCUCUUCACUUCCCCCUCCCGUUGCUCUUCACUUCCCCCUCCCGUCACCUCCACAUCCCCCUCCCGACGCCUUCACUUUUCCCCUCCUGCCGCUCUUCCCUUUUCCCUCCCGUCUCCUUCACUUCCCCCUCCCGUCGCUCUUCACUUCCCCCGCCCGUCGACUUCACUUCCCUCUCCCAUCGCCCGCGCUCCCCCCUCCCAUCGCCCUGCUCGUUCUCCCGUCGCCCUCUCUUCCCCGGCUCACCCUGUUUCCCCUGCUCCUUCUCUUCCCUCCGUCCCCCUCUUUGUUGGUUCACUUGCGCUAACGCCUCCUGCACCAAUGCUCCCCUUUUUCCCACUCCCACCAUCCCGUUCCCACUCCCACCAUCCCUCUUCCCUCCUCACCUCCUCGCGUCCUCACUCACCACGACCUCUGCCACUCGCGCGGCGCCACGCUUCCUCCUCCUCCGCACCGCACCAGCCUCCACCGCACUCCACUCCUCCUCCACGCCCUCACGCCCCGCCCUGCGGCUAG